CGCGUGUGCGUGAGGAUCACGUGAGUACGUAGCUGUCACAUAAACAUUUCCCUGCACACAGCUGUUUGACUAUUAACAACGGUCAUGCUUAUUUUUCGACUGAUUGACACAUUACAAAUAGACCGUAUAUCAGCCUAAAUGAGCGUUUUGUGGGAGGAACACGCGGUUUGUAGGAGAGCAGCGUGAUGGAGGUGAGAUAGAGAUCUGAUAGCCACUCCUGCUGUCACCUACACACUGAGUGUACACUAUUACUAACGUACUCGCACAGUGGAUGGGAUGCAUUACAUGGGCUGUGACCUCCUCCUCUUCAUGCAUAUAGAGCCUCCUCCUAACCAGGAGCAGCAAGUUGUCCAGAAUAAGUGUUUUUGAGUGGUGGCUGUGUUAGAGAUGUAUUCGCCACAGAGGAAGGACUUUGUCUCUCUGACGCUGGGAGACCAAUACAGCCGCAGCUACACCAACGGCAAGCACCGGAGACAGUCCUGCUGGAGGAAAUGGAAGCAGCUGUCUCGGCUUCAGCGCAGUCUGAUUCUUUUCCUGCUGGCCUUCCUGUUCAUCUGUGGGAUUCUUUCCUAUCCCAGCCUGACGGAGCAGUGGAGAGGACUCUCUGAUAGAUCACUGAAGGAGGACUGGGUUGAAAUGGAUAACGGAGGUCUCAGGCCCAUUCCUCCUGGCCUCGUCCCAAAGAUCCCGCCAGGAGUUGUCCCGGGGUUCCAGGACAUCCCACCAGAAGUGAUGCCAGAGAUUCAAAGACCAAGCAUUCCAUUACUUCCCAAACCUCCAGCUAUGAGGAAGCCACCUAGCAAGCGUGGUCCUCCAGUCCUACAGAAGCGAGGGAAUGUGUCAGACUGGCAGGUGAAAGAUGGAGAAGAAGCCAUAGUCAAGAGAGAUGAAGACGGAGGGAAAGAAGCAAAAACAGUCAUUAGCUGGCGUGGGGCGAUGAUCGAGGCGGAGCAGGGGACGGAGCUUCAGUCCACCGCCCAUGGAAAAGAAGGAACCGUGGCUGAUGCAGAAAAAGCUGCCAGCUUAAAACCAGUCACAGUGAAGGCCGUGGAUCGCGUGGAGGCGGUGCGGGAGGCCUUCAGGCACGCAUGGAAGGGCUAUAAGGCCUUUGCGUGGGGUCAUGAUGAACUGAAGCCCAUAUCUAAGACCCAUGGAGAGUGGUUCGGCCUGGGCCUAACUCUCAUUGACGCACUGGACACCAUGUGGAUCCUGGGACUGAAAGACGAGUUUGCGGAGGCCAGGAAGUGGGUUGAGACAGAAUUAUCCUUUUCCAAGAAUGUGGAUGUGAAUCUUUUUGAGAGUACCAUCCGUAUAUUGGGGGGUCUCUUGAGCACAUACCACCUGACUGGAGACACUCUCUUCCUGGAUAAAGCUAAAGACAUUGGGUUCAGAUUAAUGCCUGCUUUCAAAACCCCAUCUAAAAUCCCCUACUCUGACGUGAACAUUGGUAAAGGAACCGCUCACCCUCCACGGUGGACCACAGACAGCACAGUCGCAGAGGUGACCAGCAUUCAGCUGGAAUUCAGAGAGCUCAGCCGACUCACACAGGACCCACAGUACCAGAAUGCAGUGGAGGAGGUGACCAGACAGGUUCACCGAUUGGAGGGAAAGCGUGACGGUCUGGUACCCAUGUUCAUCAACACAAACAGUGGGAAAUUCACACGUCGAGGGGCCUUUACACUGGGGGCCCGUGCGGACAGCUACUACGAGUACCUGCUCAAACAGUGGCUACAGGGUGGCAAGAAAGAGACUGAGCUGCUAGAGGACUAUCUUCAGGCUAUAGAAGGUGUCAGAAAGAAUCUCUUGAGACAGACUUCUCCUAGUAAACUGACCUUCGUUGGGGAGUUGUCCAAUGGCCAUCUCAAUCCCAAAAUGGAUCAUUUGGUGUGUUUUCUUCCUGGCACACUGGCUCUUGGUGCUCACAAUGGUCUGCCCGCUGAUCACAUGGACCUGGCUCUGCAGUUGAUGGAGACGUGUCAUCAGAUGUAUGCACAGAUGGAGACAGGCCUGAGCCCAGAGAUCGCUCACUUUAACCUGCAGUCCAGCAACGGACGGGACAUUGAUGUAAAGCCUGCAGACAGACACAACUUACUGAGACCUGAGACCGUUGAGAGUCUGUUCUACAUGUACAGAUUCACCAAGGACAGCAAAUACAGGGACUGGGGCUGGGACAUACUGCAAAGUUUCAACAAGUACACCAGAGUCCCCAGCGGGGGCUACACCUCCAUAGGUAACGUCCGUGACCCCGUGAACCCCGCACCCAGAGAUAAGAUGGAGAGUUUCUUCCUGGGUGAGACGCUGAAGUAUCUCUUCCUCCUGUUCUCUGACGACAGCGAGCUGAUCAGUCUGGAUAAGUACAUAUUCAACACCGAGGCCCAUCCGCUGCCCAUAUGGCCCUCCACCUCAUGAGGGUCGAGGCCAGAUUUAUGCUAAUCCUCGCUUGAUGUUGGCUUCAACAGGACAUGAUGCAGGCUUCCAUAGGAAGUGGCCCCUCAGAGUUUCUCUGUGGGAAUGUUUCUGCUCUUAACUGAUGUGGUGAGUUCCACACCAAUCUUAAACUGUGAGGUUUAUUUAAAUGCGGUGAGACCCAGAAGAACAGAUUCGCUGGCAGUUUUACACAUUAUGGGUGGUGAAAUACCACAAAUAUUGUUUCCGUACUUCACUUACUUUUGAGCUCAUGGAACGCCUGCAAAGUGUGACACUCUUGCAUGUUGGACAAGCCCAUUCAGCUGCCGCAGUAUUUAGGUGUUCCAUAUGCCAUAUUUGGGACAGAAACAUAAGUGUCAGAGCGCCGUAAAUCACACGGCAGACUGCUGAAAUCACGGCAAGCACUUUGUAAAAUGAAGACUUUUUUUUUUUUUUUUUUUUUUUUUGUUAACACCGUUAUUUCUAUGUGCACAGAUGGAUGCUCUCGAUGUGAGUGGCUCGCCUUUAUUUUUGAAGGCUGUUACAAAAGGACUCUACGUGUCAGUUUCUAAAUGUUUCCCUUUUUGUCCAAGUCAGGAUGCAUUAGGUAACAUAUCGAGUACUUUAUCUUGAGAUUUAUUUGGGAACCCUCUGGGAUUGUGUAUUUUUCUGUUAUUUAUGUUGAUUUUAAUAUGUGUACUUCAGAGAACGCUAAUGAUUUGAUGUAGUGGAUUCCACCCGGAGACCUGCUUGAAAUGCUGCGCUUUAGAUUUAAAUACUUUAGUAUUUACAAAUUUUGAAAGCUGUUGUGCGGCACUGGAUUCUGUGAUGCUACAUUUAGUUGAACUGUGAUCAGAUAUGUAUAUGUGACCCUGGACCACAAAAUCAGUCAUAAGGGUAAAUUUUUCGAAAUUGAGAUUUAUAUAUCUUCUUUGACUGAGAUACAACUAUUUGAAAAUCUGGAAUCUGAGGGUGCAAAAAAAUCUAAAUACUGAGAAAAUCGCCUUUAAAGUUGUCCAAAAAAAAGUUCUUAGCAAUGCAUAUUACUAAUCAAAAAUUAAGUUUUGACAUAUUUACAGUAGGAAAUUUACAAAAUAUCUGCAUAAAAGAAAAAUCAAUAAUUUUGACCCAUACAAUGUAUUUUUGGCUAUUGCUACAAAUAUACCCCAGUGACUUAAGACUGGUUUUGUGGUCCAGGGUCACAUAUGUUCAUUUAUUCAUUCAAAUUUCCCAGCAAAACUACACUGAAAAUGGAUAAACUGUGUCUGAUCGACAGUCAAAUCAUGUGGUAAUAAAGCUACAGAAUUUCCUUGUCAUAUUAGAGCACAGUGGCAAUCUAUAUCCGCAUGCUGCCAUCUGUUUCAAUAUGUUAGAUGAUUGUAAGCAUUAAAUGAAUCAUUCACCCAGCAAUGAAAUGAAAACAUCAUUUACUUAACACAAACCUAAAUUACUUUCUUCGUGGUCAAUUAAUUUCUUCUUUCUACGUUUCGGGAAAGAAAGUCGUACAGGUUUGGAAUGACAUGAGGGUGAAUAAAUAAUCACAGACUAUUUUCAUCAUUUCUAGCUGACCUGUUACUUUAAGAUUGAUAAAUGUAGUCUGAUAUUUGCACAACUUCAUUUCCAUUCAAAAAAAACAAUGCUUGGAAACUCCAAGUGCAUAUCACCUGUUGAGUUUAUCUGUGCCGUCAAGUGUUUGUUUCUUCUAUCAUCUUAUCUGUCUUUGGUCAAACAGCAGUCAUCCAAUCAAAACAUUCAAGCUGUCAGACUAGCGAAAAAUAAUCCUUCAUCUGAAACAAUCCAUUUUCAGGGUGACUGACAUUUGCAUUACAAUAUGUCUGUUCUGUGUCACAUUCCUCUUGCUGCUUCUGGUGAUACGGCGUCAAAACCUGCAUCGCUUGUGCCUUUCGAUUGAUAGAAUACAGAGUGAUCGCAUGAUAAUGAAAGAUUUCUCCCUGAUUGCUUCUCUCGUCUCUUUGCUGCAAUCAGCGGUUUGCGAUUACCGUUUGUGCUCGCGAGUGAGUCUUAAAUGAAGGAGCCCGGAGUGGACACAGAUCUGAUGAGGGUUUGUGAAGGUCAGGUUUUGUUCGAUGUAUUAAUAUCCAGCACAGCUGCACUGUUUUUCAUAAUGGUAAAGAAACGAGCAGGUCUCCGAGGUUGUUGACAUUUGUAAAGUAUAAAGAUAGGUAAAAACUUAACUAAAAUAAGUUAUUUGUUAAAGCAAUAGUUCACCCAAAAAUGGCACCCUCGGGCAAUCCAAGUUGUAACUGAGUUUGUUUCUUCAUAAGAAAAAAUUUGGAGAAAUUUAGCAUUAGAUCACUUGCGCAACAAUGGAUCCUCAGUGAAUGGGUGCCGUCAGAAUGAGAGUGCGAAUAGCUGAUAAAAACAACACAAAAAUAUAUUACAUAAGAUUGCUUUCUUCAGUGAAAAAGUGUUUUCUUAAUCAGAAGAGCAAUAUGCACAGAUCAAGUACCGUUCACAAGCCAAAAUAGUUCUAAACAAAUAUGUCUGUGGAUUUUGAUGUGAGAGGACGGAGGAAGCAUUAUUAUAGAUUAUAGGCUCAUAUUUUCGCCAGAACCAAUAGUUUCAAGUUAAGAUGCAUUAUUGAUGGAUUUUAUAGCUGUUUCUUUAACUUUCAUUCUGACGGCACCCAUUCACUUCAGAGGAUCCAUUGGUCAGCAAGUGAUGUGAUGCAAAAUUUCUCCAAAUCUGUUCUACUGAAGACACAAACUCUACAUCUUGGAGGUCUGAGGGUGAUUUAGUUUUCCGCAAAUUUUCAUCUUUGGGUGAACUAUUCCUUUAAUGGCAACUGUCACAAGCUUUUGUUGUUGAUUUGUUUGGGGUUCUUUGGGGUUUUACGUGCCUUAAUGAUUUGAUUUUGUUUUAUUUUUUUUAAUUUUGUUUUUAAGGCAUCACAUUAUGUACUGAAAUGAAAAUUCAACAGUUUAUCACCCUAAUCACCCUUUGAGAUUUCAUAUUAUACAAUGUACAUUUCUACAAUGUCCUAACAAAAGGGAGCUCAUUUGUCUAGUGUGAUUAUGCAUACUUUUUCAUAUUUAUUAAAUUAUGCAUAUUACAUAUUCAUAAUUUAAAAGCCAUGACAGAAAAUGCUAUCCUGCCAAAUGACCCCUCUGGAAGUGGAUAUUGAAUAUUGUAAACAUUGUCUUUGUAAAUACUGUUUGAAAAACCUGCCUUGCUACAUUGCAAAAAAGUUCAGCAACAGUAUCCUUAAAACAAGGUACAUUUUUCUUGAUAAGCAAUACUGCUUGUAUUAAAGUUUCUUGCACUGUUAAAUGUGUUAGGUCUAUGCUGCAAAAUAAAAAUAAAGUUAAUUCAAAAUAUAUUCUUGUUAAACAAGUCAACAUAUUGUAGUAUGUUGAUAGCAUUACACAUAAAGUAGCAAUUUUGCUUAUCAAGUAAGUUCUUGUUUUAAGGAUGUUUAGGUAUUUAUUUUAUUACUGGAAAACAAGAUAAAAACUACUUUUCAAGAAAGUUGUCUUGGCUUUAGAAGCACAUUUGUUGUUGUUUUUUGUUGUUGUAUUUGCACUACAGUUGAAGUACAACUUUUUUGUGUAUCGUCUUGAACUUAUUCCUACAUUAACAGCAUAUAACAAAAACAAAAUAAAACCGACAAGCAGAA